AUGCCGUGUUCAUUUCGAGCUCGUGUAAACCAACUUUGGUCUAUAUGGUACACUGUAGUAAUGGUACUUCUACAGACUUACUUAAUUUAUCUUGGUUUCGAACGUUACCGCUUAUAUUCGGAAAUGAAAUGGCCUCAUGGUGCAUAUCCAAGUUUGUGGUUAAGUGUUUAUGUUAUACUGUAUUCUUUAUGUAUACCUUGUUUACUACUGUUUAUGGCAUUUGGAAUAUUCAAAUCUGGCAACGUUGCUGGUGAUAACGAUCGACUUGGUGCUCGAAUCGAUCGUGUCAUUGAAAUUACUCGGAGUUCACAUGGAUAUAGAAAAGGAAGUUGCUCACUUUUGCGAUGCAUCAAGUCACUGUGGCAGCAUGCACCACCGUUACCACAGCUUAUUCAUCUACUGAUGGCGCUUUUUCAAUUAUUUGCCCAGCAAGUGAUGUUAUCACAACUUUAUCGAUACGGCUUCAUUAAUUCCGGUGAUUUUUUGAAUACAGAACUUGAUUUCGUGUAUCAGCGUUCCCGUCAAUUGGCGACAAAUCUGCCAAUGCUCGAUAGCCGAUUGCAGGGCUUUCGUAUAUCGGCACAGGAUUUGACUGCUACACCAAUCAGUCCUAAUUUAUUACCAAUACUGAUGCAUGCUCGUUUGUUUGGAAUACCGCUCGAGUUCGUCAAUUUGUUGAUUGCUCUAUUCGUCUACACGUGUGCUUAUUCAGCAGUUUUCUGGCACACCAACAAACCGUUCAGUUUCAUAUUCUCUCUUCAUUUGUUAAUUUAUUCGGCGACGGUGAUUUGGUCUUAUCUCGGGUUUAGUGUUCUUCUUCGUAUACAGGAAACAAAUUAUGCUAGCGUCCGACCGGUUGGUCUCGGACAGUAUUUGAUCUCGUCACGUCCCUUAAAAAUUUAUCAUCCAUCCGCAAUUAUUGCUACGUAUGUUACGACUAUUGUGCUUAUUAGUACUACACCUGUUGUAUUAUAUAUAUAUGGUUAUAGCAAAUAUUUCAUAAGUAUUUCAAAUGUGCGGCAAAAGAGUGCCUUUCGAAGUCAAGCAAGCGUUAUUAAUGGUGCACAGAGUGAGUAUUCAGAAUAUCGUCUCCGAAACUCAUCCAAGGUGCCACAAACCAAACUAUGUUGUGACGGAUAUGCACCUCACAUAUUUGCAAUAAUUUUGCUUGUUUUAAUUGUUAUCGCCAAAGCCCCAACCAUAUAUGCGCAUAUGGUUAUAUAUCAGCAUGAAGAAAAGGCGCUAUUGUUAUCAUGUAUCGUUAUUGAUGUUGUUUUCCUCUUUGCCUGGAUUAUUCUUUGGCUUAUACUUACACUUAAACGAGAAUGGGAUUUUAAAGUUAUUCAUCAAGUGCAUGAAAUUAUUGCUUUGCAAAGUGGGCCUCAAACGAUGAUUGCUUCGCCCACAAAAAUUAUCGAGAAGAAACCAUCUGAACUAAAAAACGCAUUGAUAUUAAUGCAUGGAGACCAGAUGUAUCUUACGGAUGAUAUCAUAACUAAAAAGUCAUUAUUACGACAAACACAGAAAAGCGGAAUUGGUGCUGCAAGCGAAGGUAUUUACUGGUUGAAAGGAAACAGUAUGCAAUCACCCACAGCGAGAAGAGCUCCACAAUGUGAAAGUGCCAAAGGAACACCAGAAAUGAAUCGGCUUCUUGGUACGUCUACAAUUCAUCGGCGAAGUAGCGACGAGAACUCUUCACCCACUGCUGCAUACCAUACGAUUGCUCAAACCAUACAACCACAGAUGAAACAUUCAUCGCAGCAACGGAUUAUAAUGAAUGUUCCCAAGUAUUCCAGUGAAGCAAAAGUUUCGGCAAAUGUCACCGUACCCGGAAAUACAUUUGGAACAUUCCAGCGAACUCAAGGAUCGGAAUAUGCAUCCUUCAACAGCCGGCAAAUGAUGCAGAAUCCCCGAAGACCAUCACUGCAAAACUCAGUGAGCGCAUGCAGCGGAAACAACACUUCUGACAGCGCACAUUUAACGCAACAGGAGGCAUAUGCUUCAAUUCACAAAAACCGGAGUGGACAAAUGGAAACAGCAGUAACACGAAGACGAGGUUCCAAAGAUGACGGAGCAGUUAACAAUGGGUUUGGAAAUGUGAAUGUUUCGUACGGAGCAUAUUUAACUUAUGGUCGACCUCAGAAUCAGCAGUUGAUGCAGCAGGCUGCUGUUCAAGCUGCUCAAGCAGUUCAAAUGAGUCGAAAUAUGGGAUCUACUUAUAACAGAACACAGACUAAUACAUCGCAGAAUGUGUUGGAGAGUGGGCCAGCGUCUUCAGUGCUCUCCAUACGAAGUAGUCCUGUCGCUGAAAAUCGUUUCGGUAUGCGAACAUCUAUUUCAAGCAGGGAACAUUCACCAUAUCAAAGAACUUCCAACCUAAAAUUAUCAUCUUUCAAUAGCAUUACCCCGGCUGUCGAUUCUCAUAAGCUAGUUAGUAUCCAGCAACAGCAGCAGCAGCAGCAGGGCUCUGGUGCUGGAUCCAUCUAUGGAAACUGGUCACAGCAGCGACAAACUUCACAGAUCUCUCAGCCAGUGGACUGGGCAAGUCCCUCAUCAUAUGACAAGGUUUCAUCGGCAGCUAGUACAAUUCAGCAAGAACAAUGCUUCACGCCCACAUCAACACUAACUAGUCAAGGAAGUGCAAGUAACUAUUCGUCACAACGAGCGCCUACGCCAGGAUCGCCUAAUCCACAAAAUAUUUACAGUGGUGGACGAUUCAUAAGUAACGGUGCAACUGGUACUGUUAGCCUGUACGGUAAUUUAGGUCCUGAUUAUGAUACAUCACUUUUGGAGGGUAAUGAUCGGAAUCGAACGCUGAAAGCUCAACAACAACCAAAAUCUUUGCGUACCACAGUUGUUAGUGGAAGUACCUCGACACGACAUCAGAUUAAGACUAGCACUGGAGGUUCACGUCAAGAUGAUUCAGCAAAUUACAGUUUAACAUCCAGUAAUGAAUCUGCAGAAACUGCUCGGCUCAGUGGACAAACAAAUCGCAUUAUGGAUUCAGCUGAAUUUGCCACCAGUGUUGUUUGA